AUGGCGGAUCAAGAGGGCGGCGGCACGGCCAAGUCCGGCUGGUCGCUGGGCGGCCUGCUCAACUAUGCCACCCAGACUGUCAACAGCGUGAUGGGCUACGACGAGCUCUCUGUGGUUGAUCCCAACAGCCAGUCGGCCGGCUCUGGCAAGGACGUGCAUGCCACCACCAAACUGGAGGAGGACCGCAAGCAAGCCUUUAAGUCGUACAAGGACUACCUGGGGAAGGACAUCACCAGCCUGGUCAUCCUGCCGGUCUGGAUCAUGCAGCCCUUCACCAUGCUCCAGAACAUGGCCGAGAUCAUGGAGUACACCGAGGCCCUUGACAAGGCAGCCGUCACCGAGGACCCCUACGAGAGGCUGGCCUGGGUGGUGGGCUACACCAUGGGUCCCUUCGGAGCCAUCGAGCGCCCCUGGAAGCCCUUCAACCCCAUCCUGGGCGAGACCUUUGAGUACCACAAGCCCAGCACCGGGAUCAAGUACCUUGUGGAGCAGGUGUCGCACCAUCCCCCCAUCGGUGCUGGCCACGCGGAGUCCCCCCUCUGGACCUACGACCUGGUCUCCGCCCCCAAGACCAAGUUCCUGGGCAACUCGGUGGAGGUCUACCCCAUCGGCCGCACCCGCAUCCGGCUGAAGACCACCGACGAGGUCUUCUCGUUGGUGCCCCCCACCUCCAAGGCCAACAAUGUCAUCCUGGGGUCCACCUGGGUCGACACCUACGGCGACUACAAGCUGCUCAACGUGACCACCGGCGCCAGGGCGCACAUGGUCUACAAGGAGUGCGGCUGGUUUGGGUCGGGGCGAUACGAGGCGAGUGCAGUGGAUGGCUGGGGACGGGUACUGGUUAUCGACGGCUACAUUUACCGAGAGGACGGCACCAAAGCCUACAUCCUGGAGGGGAAGUGGAACGAGUACCUGGAUGCGGCCCGCUGCGACGAGGCGGGGGAGAUGCUGCCCGACGCUGAGAUCCUUCACCUCUGGAAGUGCAAGGACAAGCCCGAGAACGACCCCUACGCCUUCACUCACUUUGCACAUGAGCUGAAUUCGGCCAACGGCCUGUCCCCCUUGCCCUCGGAUUCCCGCAGACGUCCCGACCGCGCGCUGCUGGAGGCGGGGCAGUCCUCGGAGGCAGCGGUGGCCAAGUACAACCUGGAGGAGAUGCAGAGGAAGGAGCGGCGCGAGCGCGAGGAGCGCGGCGAGGUCUGGGCGCCGCGCUGGUUCCGGCCGCUGGGGCCGGACGCCGAGGUGCUGCAGGAUGAGUACGACAACGAGCAGUGCGCGCAGUACGAGUUCACGGGGGACCUUGCCGCGCUGGAGGGGCCCAGGACGCCGGAGGAGGUGCCGGAAGACUCUGUCUGCGGCAAGGGGUUCGUGCCCUGGACCUACCCCGAGAUCCACGACAACCUGGGCAAGGAGGCGGAGCGGCAGUGA